AUAAUAUUUAUAAAACUAGUUUCAUAAUUCGAAAUACUACAAUUAUUAUACGUUUAAAGGAGCAUAAUCAGCAUGGCGCAAGAAGCAACUACUAAAUUAAUUAGAGAAGAUUUUGAUGCUGGUCCAUCAAGCUAUGAUGAAAUUAUUCCUAGCUUAUUUCUUGGAAAUCUUACAGCCGCUACUGAUAUCAAGUGGUUAAAAGAAACCAAAAUAAAUUAUAUACUCACUGUAGAUUCAUGUCCACUUCCAAGAAAGAUUCAAGAGCUUUUACCAAAUUUGAUUAUAAAAUAUAUUUCAGUUACUGAUAUGCCACGUGAAGAUCUUUUAACUCAUUUUGAAGAUUCUUAUGAAUUUAUAGAUCAUGCUCUACAGUUAAACAAUAAAAUUUUGAUACAUUGUUAUUUUGGUGUGUCUAGAUCAGCUACAAUUGUUAUUGCAUAUUUAAUGAAGAAAUAUGGAAAAAGUUUCUAUGAUGCAUUUGAAGCUGUAAAAAAAAAAAGGCGUUUUGUUGGACCUAAUGCUGGUUUUUUGGCACAAUUAAAACUUUAUGAAGAAAUGUGUUUUGGAAUAGAUAAUACUAAUGUACAAUUUAAAAUGUACAAGUUACAAAUUGCAGCAGAUAAGGUAAGAAAAGCAAAAAUUUUACCACAAAAUUGUGCAGAAUUAAUAAAACCAGAUCCAGCUCUUGCUACAGUACAUCCAGAGCCAACAGUAUAUCGUUGUAAAAAAUGUCGAAGAAUCGUAGCUAGUGCUAGUAAUAUUUUACCACAUAUGCCAAAAGAAAAACAAAUUUGGAGACAUAUAAGUUCGAGAAAAACGUCUAAACAAUCAAAACCAUCGCACGAACUAUUAGAACCAUUACAAAAAGAAGAGCAACAAUCUGUAGAAUUUUGUACCAAAACAUUAUUUGUGGAACCGCUAGCGUGGAUGCCCGACAUAACACAUAAUGUUGAGGGCAAAUUAAAUUGUCCAAAAUGUAAUACGAAGUUAGGUUUUUUUAGUUGGAUAGCGGGUAGUCAAUGUCCAUGCGGCAGUAAAAUAGCACCUGCAUUUUAUUUGGUUCCUUCAAAAGUAGAUUGGAGUAAUGCUGUACAAAAUGUACAAGUAACUGUAUAGUAUUAAAGAUAUUU